UCAAGAGCAAGGUCUGCAGUGUUUUGAAGGGGAUCAAUCAUCUUAAAAAAGGGAUCAUCUGCGCGUUGGAAAUGGGGAGAUGGUUAACAUAUGGAGUGAUCCAUGCCUCCCGUUUCCUCCACCAAAAAUCCCCAAAUCCCUAAAAUCCCUCCUGAAUCCUCUUCGCCCACCCUUUCCAUCGCCCAGAUCCAGCCAUCCUUAGCGCAAAGACCCCUUUUUUUCCCCUACUACCAUCCAUCCUCAGCCAGCCCCCAUCUCUACCUUUGCAGUUCCAUCCACAUCCUGCUCGUUUCGGCCUUUUGAUCACCAGUUUCAAGGAAAGGCUCCUCAAGGAGGCGGAUCUACCCCCUAUCCCCGAUCUGAUGGCGUGCAGAUGUGCGGAGCUGAUUUACCGCGUUGUCGCAGUUACGCCGAUAUGGCUAAACACCGGAGCUCCCUCCUUGGCGCUUCCGGUCAUGGCUUCCAGGUGCCCUCUCGUCCAGAGAGCAAUGGGGGUGCUCCUGCACGCCUGAACAACGAGGCUAGGGAUGGGGUCGUCUUGUUAAAUCCCUUCUUCCCGAUACAUGGUUUCUGCUCUGGUUCGGCGGACGCGCAACAAAUCAAUGCUGAGAUGCAAUCCAACAUUAGAGGAGUGAGUGCUCCUCCCUCGAGCCUAGCUACAGCGCCAAUCAGGUCUGAGUUGUCCACUCCGCCGCGAGGAAAGGCAUUUACAGCGGAUCGACUAGCUCACCAACUUCGCAACGGCAAGGGGGAGCAGUUCACUCAAUGCAGGCAGAAGCACGAAGGGGCAAGGCGCCCCUCAGGCUCCCAGACCUCACUCCAAAAGUCCCAGAUCUCAUCUCAGCAUAGCCAGAAGCUUCUUGAUGACAUGGUUGCGAGUUCGCAGCACUGUGGUACGGUGAUGUCAGAGCGUUGGGCUCGAGAUUCAGUAUUCGCUACGGAGGAUUGGAGUUGGUGAAGCCGAAGUACUGGUGGCGGAAGGUACCUGCGCAUUCAUGGCCCUCCUCUGCUAGCGUUUCCACCAUUACGCCGAAACAACGUCUCAAAUCGACAGUGUACUUAAGAAGACUGCAAGGAAAGUGCUUCAAUUACCUGGCUCCGGAUCACAAGGUUGCUGACUGUGGAGACCCAACAAAGUGUUGGCACUGCAACCAUUUUGGCCAUCGCUCCAGUGAGUGCAGUUUGAAGCAUCACAAGCCACACCACCAACCCUCCACUCCCCGUCUCCACUCAAAUCAGCCUCUGCAACCUUUGCAAAACCAUCGGCAACAACCAGCAGUUCGCAGUACUCCAGCUGACACUCCCUCCCUCUCGCCUGUCCGUCGAUCCCCCUCCCCCCACCUCUGUUGCUGCGAUGGCUUGUUUCCCUGGUGACCCAGCAGCUCGACCACUGAAGAGUUUACAGCAGUUGCGGCCACAGGCAACAUCGAGCGAAGGAAGGAGUUGCUCCUAGAUAGGGCUGCUGUUUGCUGGCUGGAGGGAGCCCGGCCAUAGACAAACCCUUACAUCCUGUCCGAUGCGUUGAUGAUGGAAUUUGGUGUCGUGGUCCACGAGUGCCAAUUGGUUAAGCACCAACCGGAGGACUUCCUGAUCAUCUUUGGCAGUAGACAGACCAGAGACGCUGUCGUCAAUGCUCAUCGGCUGCCCUACCGCGGUCGUGAGUUUCGCUUCAUGGCGUGAAAUGAAAGAAGAUUUGCUGAAUCGACCAGCUAGGGGUUCCAUGUUCGCUUGAGAAUCAAGGGUCUUCCAGCUCAAUCAUGGUUUGAGGAGGUUGCGGCACUAGUCAUUGGGAGACAUUGCGCUAUACACUAUGUUGAGGAGUAGUCAGGAGGAGAGAGCGCAUGCGUACCUAUGACCUUUGCGUACCUAUGACCUUUGGGCCUGGUGCAGCAACCCUGAACUCAUCCCAAAUAUUGUCUGGAUGACCAUUCCUGAGGCUGACCGUGAGCUGCCACCUAUCUCCAUUCCUCUGCCUCAAGUUGAAAUCGUUAUGACAGACCUUCAGAUGUCAAAAGAGGGCAAUCUUACAGACUCUUCAUCCAUUUGGAAAUCAUCCAAGACUUGGCUUUUCUCACCGACAAACCCUCGAUCCUCGCCAUAGCAAUAGGAGAUGGGAGUGCAUCUUGGAUUGGCAGUACGUGAUUCCGGAUGGUGGUGUGCAGGCUAACCACAUCCCCCACCGGCCCUGACACCGUGACGAGGGUGGCCGCCGGGACCGUGAUGGAUAUGUAGAUGAAGAUCGACAUCGCCACAGCCCAUGCGGACACCUCAGCCCUAUCGUGAUGAGGGCAGCGCUGUCCAGGGUAGGGUGCAGCGUGGACGUUACGAGCACCGCAGGGAUGGCGCUGUACUGCCACUGUCUUCUUCACCGCCGAGAAGUCCAGUUAGUCAUCAACACCAGGGCGUCCAGAAGCGGAUGUGGCGCAAGAAGGUUUCCUUCGUGUCGCCGAUCGCCACGAUCUGCACACCACGUCGCCAGUCACUUCUUACUCACCCAGAAGGCUUCCCCACCCCUGCGGUCAUUGACGAGAUCUUGGCGGAUGCUGGUGGGACGUCCAACAUCUCCAUCAUUCAAGGAGUGGAGGAAGAGGAACAUGAGGAGCAACAAAUCUGCGUGUCGUUUCCGAGUUCGCAUCUAGUGGAACUUCAACAACCACCCAUCAUGGCGACGCGCGAGGCCCACGAGCUCAUGGCCGAGACUGAACUGGAAGGCACGAGCUCACAAUUGAUCUCCUCUAUUAGGGAGACGGAGAAUGACGCCAUGACAACACUGGAGGUGGCCCGACACGUCAACUCUAAGCACUUCGAGCAGCCUCUGAGCAAGGAAGCGAUGGAGGUCAUCUCCAUGUUGGUGGACAAGGGGAGUCAUCUGAAGUUUAACAAAUCCAAGAAGGUGGCUCCCUCGGAGAUGGCCACGGCUUGAUGGGAAGGUCAUCAGCAGAAACAAGUAGCUUCGUUUUGGUUUGUCAUGUUUACCUGUAACCGUGUUAUGAGCACCUAUGUAGUUUCUACCGUGUGUAGUUCUCCUUCGGAGUCCAGUAGUAGUUGUUUGUGUUCUCUGUGUCAAGAUCUACGCACCUACAGGGCCUCAGCUAGUGUUGUUGUGGUAGCGAUAAUCAGUAGUAGAAGGCCUUCUGUCUUCCUGCUGAUCUACAAGAAG